AUGGCUUUAUAUGAUUCUUUUUCUUCCGCUCCUCUUUCUAUCUCUCAAGUUGUGACUCUCAAACUCACUGAGUCCAACUAUCUCCAAUGGAAAACUCAAUUCGAGUCUUUUCUCUCACCUCAAAUGCUUCUUGGCUACGUUAAUGGCUCACUUCCUCAUCCAGCAUCCACUAGCUCUGUCACCCGUGCUGCUGGAGUUACUGAAGAGCCUAACCCGGAGUUCCAGAAGUGGGUUCGUAAUGACCAACUGGUCAUGGCUUGGAUCUUAGGAUCACUCUCUGAAACCGCCAUACGAGACGUCUAUGGUCUGCAGUAUGCUCAGGAGUAUGGUAGAACCAUGGAAGAUUACCUUAGCGAACUCAAUCAAGUCUUUGAUCAGCUAGAUUCAAUCGGCUUUCCCAUGACCGACUUAAAGAAAAUACAUGGCUUAUUGUUUGGUUUAGGCAAGGAAUAUGAAACUGUUGCUACUGUGAUUGAGCAUUCUAUGGACUCACUUCCCACUCCUUGCUAUGAAGAUGUAGUCUUUAAAGUUAUUGCCUUUGAUGAUAAGCUGAAAACGUAUUCUGCUGCUCCUGCUGUCAUUCCGCAUCUUGCCUUUCAAACUGAGAAGACAUACUAUGACCGGGGAGGUUCAAACAACAGAGGAGGUCGUUCUGGUGGAAGUUACAGAGGAAGAGGGAAUUACUCUACCAGAGGACGCGGCUUUCAGCAGCACGGUAGCAGUCAGAACAGUCAGAAUAGAGGAAAUGGUGUCACAAAACCUACCUGUCAGAUCUGUGGGAAGUAUGGUCAUAGUGCUUUUGACUGUUACAAUCUCUAUAGUGAGUCACUCACUAAACUUGAUCUACCUGCUGCUUUGGCUGCAAUGUGA